AUGAACGUGCCUGGAGAGUCCACACUAAGGCGUGAGUUCCUCCGGCUACAACAAGAGAACAAGAGCAAUUCAGAAGCCCUGAAACAGCAGCAGAUGGGCCCACAGCACCGCGAUUCAGAGGCGCAUAUCAAGCAACUUCUUCAUGAGCGCCAGAGACGUAUCGAAGAGCAAAAAGAGGAGCGCCGGCGUGUGGAAGAGCAACAGCGGCGGGAGAGGGAGCAGAGGAAGCAGCAAGAAAAGGAACAACAGAGGAGGCGGGAUGACCUGCGACGGGAGGAGGAGAGACGGAUGGCCGAGAGGGAGCAAGAGUACAAGCGCAAGCAGCUGGAGGAGCAGCGCCAGUCAGAGCGCCUGCAGCGACAGCUCCAGCAGGAGCAUGCCUAUCUGAAGUCGCUGCAGCAGCAACAGCAGCAGCAACAACAAGAGAAGAAGCCCCUGUACCAUUAUAACCGGGCCGUCAUGAACCCCAGU